AUGGAAGAAUAACAGCAAAUUGAAAAUACUAUAAUAGAAGAAAGAUAUUAGAAGGCUGAUGGCGAGACUGCAUAUCGUAGAUACCAGAAGGGAAAGGUGUUAGGGAAGGGUGGCUUUGCUAAAUGCUAUGAAGUAACUUCCAUAGAAAGCAAGAAAGUGUUGGCUGCCAAGAUUAUUGCUAAAAGCACUUUAAAGAAGGGGAGAACAAGGGCAAAGGUAUGAUAGUGGAAUAAUUCGUAGUUAAUUACUGAAAUUAAGCUUCAUAAAUCACUUCACCAUUAGAAUAUAGUGUAAUUCGAAGAUGUAUUCGAGGACAAUGAAAAUGUAUACAUUCUUUUAGAACUGUGCUAAAAUCAAGUGAUUGAAUUUAUUGUAAUUAUUUUAGACUCUGAAUGAGUUGUUAAAGAGAAGGAGGAGAAUCACUCAAAUAGAAGUGCAAUGUUACUUGAAAUAAUUGAUAGGGGCAUUGAAAUACAUUCAUUCUCAUAGAGUGCUUCAUCGAGAUCUGAAGUUAGGCAACCUAUUUAUAAAUGAUAAGAUGGAAUUGAAACUGGGGGAUUUUGGUUUGGCCACCAAAUUAGAUUAUGAUGGAUAGAGAAGACAUACUAUAUGCGGGACACCAAAUUACAUAGCACCUGAGAUAUUGGAUGAAAGGAUGGGACAUUCAUACCAAGCAGACAUCUGGUCAGUUGGUGUGAUAAUCUAUACACUCUUAAUAGGGAAACCCCCCUUUGAGACAUCAGAUGUUAAGACUACUUAUACUAAAAUAUCUCAAUGUCAAUUCAAUUUUCCAGAUCAUAUUCAGAUAUCUGAAAAUGCUAGAAAUUUGAUCUCCAGAAUACUUAUUCUGGAUCCCUCCAAAAGAUUAACAUUGGAUGAAAUUCUCGCUCAUCCUUUUAUGACAUCGAAUCCCAUUCCUAAAACUACUCAUAUUUCGCAACUGCUUAGUCCACCAACUGCAGCAUGGUUGUCUCAAUACUCGUAGGCAUCUAUGCUCAACUCCAAGCAAUUACAACCUGAGUUAGUUUCAGUCAAAUCCACUUCCUAAAUUCCCAAGAUGAAUAACCUAUUUUCUACUCAAUUCAAAAUGACUCAAGCUGAACGCAUCAAGAGUAAUUGCUUAUUUAAAUCUUAGCCUUGACUGAAGGGAUUAACUACUUGAGUGAAAAACAAUAGACUAAGAAACAAUAAGAACAAACUUUGGAGAAUAAUGAGUAACAGGAGUUAGUAAGUGUUCUAUUAUAACUUAGAGUAAAGAGAAUGAUGUCGUAUAUGUUAUCAAAUGUUGUGAUUAUCAAAGCAAAUAUGGUAUUGGCUAUGUGCUAUCGAAUCAUCAUUCUGGAGUUCUAUUUAAUGAUUCCACCAAAAUUAUUCAAUGCAAUAGAUUGGAAUUCAAUUAUUUCGAUAGCUGUAAUCAGAAGUCAAGUUAUGAAUUUGAAAAUUAUCCACAAGAUUUAAACAAAAAAGUCACUUUACUCCAAAAGUUUACUCAGUAUUUAGGUGUUGAUGAGAAUAAUACCAUUUCCAAUUCACAAAUCUCAACAAUUUUCGUUCAUAAAUUCCUUAAAACAAGAAAUGCUCUUCUUUUGAAACUGUCAAAUGGGGUGAUCCAGGCAGAUUUUAUCGAUAAAACUGUCAUUGUCAUAUCACCGAAUGAAAACAUCCUUUUCGUCAAUGAGAAAGGAGACAAAUUUAGUUAUAAUUUGGAAUAAAUUAGGGACAAGGAGAAAAUUCAAAGAAGGUAACUAGUAAUUGAAUUUUAGGUACAAUUAUGUAUAGCAAUUAAGAGGUGAUUGUUAAUGA